UGAGUGCUUGAGGCGUGUGAAUAGAUGUAGAAUAUGGUUUUAGGAUGAAGAAGUUGUUGUUGUGAUUAUUGUUAAUAGUGAGGAUUAGGGAAUGGAAGGGAAUUUAUCACAAGGAGGAGGAGGUAUGGUUCCGGGCGGGGCUUCGUUUGGUGGGCUUGAUUUGCAAGGAUCAAUGAGGGGUCAUCACCAAACUCAACACCCACACACCAUACACCAUCACCUUCCUCAUCCUCAUCAAGGGUCGUUGGUCCACCCAUCAAUUCCCGAAGGUUUUCCGCUCAAAAUGGGAACCAUGCAUCACUGUGAUCAAACCAUUUCCAUGGUGGAUUACAAUAAGGGGGAGAGAGGCAAGAACUCGGCAAGUGAUGAGGAUGAGCCAAGUUAUGCGGAAGAUGGUGCUGAUGGUCACCCUGAAGCUAGUAAAGGGAAGAAGGGGUCGCCAUGGCAGCGUGUGAAGUGGACUGAUCAGAUGGUGAAGCUUCUGAUUACUGCUGUGUCAUAUAUAGGCGAGGAUACAGGUUCAGAUUGCGGUAGCGGGGGAAGAAGGAAAUAUUCUGUUGUACAGAAGAAGGGAAAGUGGAAAUCUGUUUCCAAGGUCAUGGCAGAAAGAAGUUAUCAUGUUUCUCCGCAGCAGUGUGAGGAUAAAUUCAAUGACCUUAACAAAAGGUAUAAGAAACUUAACGAUAUGCUUGGGAGGGGCACUUCUUGCCAGGUUGUUGAGAACCCUGCGCUUUUGGAUGUGAUAGAGUACCUAACAGAGAAAGAAAAAGACGAUGUUAGGAAAAUAUUAAGCUCCAAGCACUUGUUUUAUGAGGAGAUGUGUUCUUAUCAUAAUGGAAAUCGUUUGCAUCUGCCUCACGAUCCAGCCUUGCAGAAAUCUUUACAAAGGGCACUUAAAAGAGAUGAUCCUGACAACGAUGAUCUGAGAAGGCACCACCAUGAUGAUCUUGAUGAAGAUGAUCAAGAUAUGGAAAAUGACGAGCAUGAAGACUUUGAGGAAAAUAAUGCUUUACGUGGAGAUAACAGGGGAAUAUACAUUUCAGAGGAUUCUGUAAAGAGGUUGAGACAAGGCCAGGGCCGUGAAGAUUUUAACUUUGGGAGUUCUUUGAAUUCCCAAGACAGUAACAAAAGUUCUUAUUCUCACCCCCAGAUUCUUCCCCAACCUGAUAUGAAUCAAGUUUUACCUGAUGGUACUAAAGCUGUUUGGUUACAGAAGCAGUGGGUUGAAUCCCGUUCAUUUCAGUUAGAAGAACAGAAACUACAAAUUCAAGUUGAGAUGUUAGAAUUGGAGAAGCAGCGUUUGAAGUGGCAAAGAUUUAGCAAGAAAAGAGACCAUGAACUGGAAAAGCUGAGGUUGGAAAAUGAGAGGAUGAAACUUGAGAAUGAGCGUAUGAUAUUAGAAUUGAAACAGAAGGAAAUGGGUGCUGGAUUUAGUUAAGUGUCUCUUCUGAUCAGUAUUUAUUGCAGUAGUGGGACAUCUAGGCAAUGUUGAUUCUCUCAAAUUCGGUAAGCUGCAGUGGGUUCAAGUUUCACAUAUUGUUUGGGGGAGCUUUCUUGGAACGACUCUACCUGGAUGUACCUAUCGCCUAGGCGAGGCUAUCUAUGAAAAGCUUUGGCUUCGCUUUCGCCUUUUAAAACAUUGAUUGUGGAGUCUACACUGCAUGUUUAAGAUGUUUGUCCACUCCCUGUCCAUACCACUUUAUCAGCUUGCAGAACUGGAUUCUUACAAGCGGUUGUAGCUGUGGGUUUUAGCCCAUUAUUGUGAGGAAGGAUCUCAUUCCCGUCAAGAUCCCCCUGCCAUUGUCCUGUCAAAUAACUCAUUGCUCAUGUCAGUUUCCAGAUUCCAUAUUAGCAUAUACUCUGAAAAGAAUUUUCAGUUGACCACGCCAAACCUUAGAAGGGAAACAAGUGCUUACUUGGGGAAGGAUGCAAUGUGUGCUGGACUCAGAUGUAUUGAUACUUACAGAGUGCUAGAAUCAAUGACUCUAUGUAACUAGUGCAUCAUACUUUGACGAUUGAAAGCUCAAGAGAGAUUGUUAGCUUCAUUUAAGCAAAAUCAAAAUAUAAAAGCUGUGUAAUGGAUGUAGAUAUAUCUGAUGCUGCUAUGAAAUAUGUCUAUUUGUUGUAGUAAUCGACUAUGGAAGAUUAACGUUUUACUCGGUUCAUAAAGCUAUCAGGGAAUAGUGCGAAAGAAAGAAUGUCUAACUUCUAAGUGCUUGCUAUUAUGAUAAAGAGGAAACAAAUCUUUGUAGGAUUACAGCAGUUGAUUGCAUCAAGUAUUCGUUUUCAUUUUGUA